UAUAAUAUAUUUGAUUUUAAACAAGUCAGAAUCGCCAAAAGAUGAUUGACCAGGUCACUGGAAUGGGGGUUUUGCCCUUUGCAGUCCAGCUCAAAUCUCUUCUAGACCAGACUAGAUAUCAGCCCAAACACUGUGGACUCUGCGUCAUUGAGUCUGCUCAGGAUAAUGGUCUGCGAAUGACCGUCAAGCUGAGAGACUAUCAAGUGAGAGAGCUUCUCUCCUUGACUCGAUUCUUUGGCUUCUGUGCGGAGACGUUUUCCUUUGUUGUGAAUCUCCUAGAUCGAUUCCUGGCUGUGAUGAAGAUUCAGCCCAGGCAUCUGUCCUGUGUUGGUCUGUGCUGCUUCUACAUCACUGUGAAGACUUCAGAAGAGAAGAACGUUCCUCUGGCCAGUGACCUCAUCAGGAUCAGCCAGAAUCGUUUCACGGUUCAUGACAUGAUGAGGAUGGAGAAGAUCAUUUUGGAAAAGCUCAACUGGAUGGUUAAGGCUCCGGCUGCUCUUCACUUCCUCAGAUUCUUUCACUCUCAUAUUCAAGAGAAGGUGGACACUGAAAGUAAGAGGACUCUGAACAUCGAGAGGUUUGAGGCUCAGUUAAAGGUGUGCCAUUGCUCAUUUACUUUAACUAAACUAAAGCCUUCCCUGCUUGCUUUGUCUCUUCUGGCCCUGGAGAUUGAGGAUCAGCACGAGUAUGAGCCAGUUCCAGCUCUGAAAGAGGCUCUAGAUUGUAUACAGCAGAGUUUGAAUGUUAAAGCUGGAGACCUGGUUUGUGUGAGGGUGCUUGUUGCCAAGUGCCUGGUUGAAUAUUCCAGCACCAAGUGCCAGAAGCCAAAUGGCCAGAGACUGCGGUGGAUGAUUUCUGGUAGAACUGCAAGACAACUCAAGCACAGUUACUAUAAGACCGCCCAUCUACCCACAAUUCCUGAAUAUGCUUGUUAAGACUAUUAGUGUUGAGUGCCCAUAACUGAACAACAUUCAGU